AUGGAAGAUGCAGCAUCAGCACCAACUCAAAGAGCAGUACCAAACCAGAAUACAACACCAGCACCAGAAUCCAAUCCCUAUUACCUACAUCCCAAUGAAAGCCCAUCGCUGGUCUUAGUAUCUCCUUCAAUGAAUGGAAAGAACUUCCACACAUGGCAAAGAUCAAUGCGUAUGGCACUCCUAUCCAAGAACAAGCUUGGUUUUGUUAAUGGAACAAUCAAGAAACCAGAUGAUGACAGUCCUCUAUUUGGUUCAUGGGAAAGGUGUAACACUAUGAUAAUUUCUUGGCUCAAUCGAUCCAUCUCAGAAUCCAUUGCACAAUCAGUGCUUUGGAUGGAGAAAGCAGAUGAUAUAUGGAACAACUUGAAAGACAGGUUUGCUCAAACUGAUAUGUUUAGAAUUUCUGAUCUUCAAGAUGAAAUUUUCAAAUUGCAGCAAGGAGACAAAUGUGUUUCAGAUUACUUCACCCAAUUAAAGAUUUUAUGGGAUGAAUUAGAAAGCUUACAGCCAAUUUUACCAUCUUGCGCAUGUGGAGCAGCAACACAAGUAAAGGAUACUCGUGAAAGGGACUAUGUAAUAAGAUUCUUGAAAGGGUUAAAUGACCAAUUUGAACAUGUGAGAGCUCAAGUAAUGCUAUUAGACCCUCUUCCAUGUGUUAACAAAGUAUUCUCAUUGAUUCUUCAGCAAGAAAGGCGCCUGAAAAUAGGAGUCCAAGAUUCACAAUCUUUCAUCAAUAUUGCUGAACAACAAAAUUCCAGAGGACAACUAGACAGAGGACAGACUCGAUAUCAUCCAAAUUUCAAUCAGAACUUCAACCAAGGUUUCAAUCAAGGAAGAGGCCAAGGUUUUAAUCAAGGAAGAGGCCAACCAUACCAUCGAAACAUGCUAUAUCAAGCAUGGAUUUUCACCAGGAUACCAAACCAGAAGACCAUAUGCUGCUGCUGCUGCUACAAACUUUGUUUCACUAGAAAUUUGAUGAUAGUGUACAAAAGAACAACAUCAAGAAAUUCUGGAACUUCUACAAAGAUCAAAGCUGCCUCACUCAUCCAAUAUGAUUCAAACCCACUCAUCUGCUUUCAAUAUAGGUAA